AUUGCUCAGUAUACGCGAACGUUUCCACAGAUUAGCAUGGAGAAAGCUCCCCUUCGAGACGUGGAACAACCCACAAAAAGCGCCAGGACUCUGUCGGAAUGGAAGAAACCGCUGCUGGUAACUUUCGGCUCCUUAGCACUCAUUAUAACAGGCUUCGUAACUUACACCUACUUGUAUUUCGAUCGGAUCCAUCAACAACGAACAGCUCCGGGUACAAAUUCUGAAACAAUUGACCAUCGAUCUGAACUCGGGCCAUGCACAGCUGAUGCGUACAAUAUCAACGAAACCGAAUUUACAUACCACUUGCAUCCAGAUGAAGUAUAUUUCAGGAUCAAUGGACGACAGGACACGGAAGUUCAGUCGGGAAAGGCUUGUGACGUUCAGACAACAAAAUCGAAAAUAUUCACUCAAGUGUUGCAAGAGCUGCAAACCGUUUACGGAUUCGUACAUGCUCCGGAGCUACUGUCUCGGGAAAGCCAUUGGGCCUGGAACGAGAUUGAUUCUCGAAGAUAUUACUUAAAGCUAAACAAAACGGAACUCUCCUACGUCAUUAGCGAUCCACUUUCAAUAGAUUACAGCCCCGACGAAUGGUCUGCGAGUGUGAAGGACGCAAAGACCCUUCGGUUCGACUGCCCCAGCAUCGAAGUAGCGGACCAUAUAGGAAAAAUUGAAAUAGCGUGGGUAAAAUUCGGUCAAUUCAUGCAGAUUGAUAAAGACGUUGAAACAUUAUUGACGUCCAGUAGAGUAUUCAAGACUGCAGACGCGUGGCGAGUUCUAAUAUUUGAAUGUCUUGCAAAAUAUCGAUUACCUGCACACUCGGAGGAACUGGCGAAGUGUUCGGAUGAUACAUGUGUCAUGAAUUGGUUCUGGCCGCAGGAGGGUUUAAUGUUCAUCAGAAUCAUAUAUGAGAAUGGUCAAUGGUCUCUGGAAGAACGGGAGAAAUAA